GCAGAUCUGUUUCGUGUCUGUGUUUGUAGUUUUGUUGGUAAUUUGAGUUUCUGAUUGCAGAAAAUGGCUGAGGCAAAAAAUUCAGUGACUCAGGAUCAGUUUUGCUGUCCAGUCUGUCUGGAAACACUGAAGGAUCCAGUUGCUAUUCCAUGUGGACACAGUUUCUGUAUGGUGUGUAUCAACAACUGCUGGGAUCAGGAGGAUGAUAAGGGAACAUACAGCUGUCCACAGUGUAGAGAAACCUUCACUCCAAGACCUGCUGUGAGUAAAAACAUUAUUCUGGCUGAAGUUGUGGAGAACCUGAGGAAGAGAAAAUCCCAAGUUCCACUUCCUACUGGAGGUGAAGAUGUGGAGUGUGAUUCCUGUACUGGGAGAAAAUACGAAGCUGUUAAAUCCUGUCUGGUGUGUUUGGCCUCUUACUGUGAAACUCACCUCCAGCCUCACUAUGAAUCUCCUGCUUUUAAGAAGCACAAGCUGGUUAAAGCCUCCAGACGACUCCAGGAGCAGAUCUGCUCUCAGCAUGAUAAACUCCUGGAGGUUUACUGUCGUACUGAUCAGCAGUGUAUCUGCAUGUUGUGCACCAUGGAUGAUCAUAAAGGACAUGAUACAAUAUCAGCUGCAGCAGAAAGAACUGAGAAACAGAAGCAGCUGCUGAAGAUCCAGAAAAAAAUUCAGAAGAAAAUCCAGAACAGAGAGAAGAAACUUAAUGAGCUGAUAAACGCUGUGGAGUCUCACAAGUUUUCUGCACAGACAGCAGUGGAGAACAUUGAGAGGAUCUGUACUGAACUAAUCAACUCAUUUAACAGAAGAUGCUCUGAAGUGAAAGAACUGAUCAGAGAUCGAGAGAAAGUUGUAGUCAGUCAAGCUGAAAAUGUCAUGACUCGGCUGGAGCGGGAGAUUGUAGAUCUGAAGAAGAAAGAUGCUGAACUGGAGAAGCUUUCACACACAGAGGAUCCCAUCCAUUUCCUCCAGAGUUUCCAGUCUCUCUCGACUCCUGCUGGAUCUGCAGAAUCACCCAUCAUCACAAUCAGUCCUUUCCUCUCAUUUGAUGAUGUUACAGAGUCUGUAUCUCAGCUGAGAAAGAAAGUAGAAGAAUUCUGGAAAGAGCAGUUUGAGAAGAUACCAGAUGAAGUGAAGGAAAUUCAGAUCCUUUCACCUCAAACCAGAGAAGAUUUUCUACAAUAUUUCUGCCGGUUCACACUGGAUCUAAACACAGUAAAUGAAGACCUCAGUCUGUCUGAGGAGAACAAAGUGGCGACCUGGAGUGGAAAAUUUCAGUCGUAUCCUGAUCAUCCAGAUAGAUUUGAUUGUUACCCCCAGGUUCUGUGUAGAGAGAGUGUGAGUGGACGCUGUUACUGGGAGGUUGAGUGGAGUGGGAAUUAUGGCGUUUAUAUAGCAGUGUCAUAUAAAAGCAUCAGCAGGAAGGGAGAGGGUUAUGAGUGUUUGUUUGGACGUAAUGAUCAGUCCUGGAUUUUGCACUGUUCUUCAUCCAGAUUUUCAUUCUGGCACAAUAGCAAAGGAACUGAAAUUCCCAUAAUGCCGAGUUCCUCUAGAAUAGGAGUGUAUGUGGAUUACAGAGCAGGAACUCUGUCCUUCUACAGCGUCUCUGAUACAAUGAAGCUCCUCCACAGAGUUCAGACCACGUUCACUCAGCCCCUCUACCCGGGGUUUUGUCUUUAUUCAGGAUCAAAAGUGAAACUUAUUAAUACAGUGUACAAGCAAUAUCUGAAGAGAAUUCAGCAAUAUGCAGUUGACGUGACUCUGGAUCCCGAUACAACAAAUUCUAAACUCAUCCUGUCUGAUGAUGGAAAACAAGUGAAGCAUGGAGACAAACGACAGAAUCUUCCUGAUAGUCAGGAGAGGUUCAUUAGCUGCCCCUGUGUACUGGGAAAGCAGGGAUUCUCUUCAGGAAGAUUUUACUAUGAGGUGCAGGUCUGUGGUAAGACAGACUGGGAUUUAGGAGUCACCAGAGGGUCCAUUAACAGGACGGGGAAGGUGAUAUUCAGUCCAACGUUUGGAUACUGGAUUGUAUGGCUGAGGAAUAAGACUGAAUAUGAGGCUUGUGACUCGCCUCCUGUUCUUCUCACACUGAAACAGGCUCCUCAGAAGGUGGGAGUGUUUGUGGAUUAUGAGGAGGGUUUGGUCUCCUUCUAUGAUGUAGAUGCCAGCUCUCAUAUCUACAGUUUUACUGAUCAGUCUUUCAAGGGCGGACUUUAUCCAUAUUUUUGUCCCUCAGUCAAUUAUAGAGUUUUGUUGGUCAUUUGA